GGCUGGGUUUGAUCGCUCAAUAUCCAUCCCUUGGCCGGACGAGAGCGCCUGAGAACAGCGGCUCCAGACGAGGGCACGAAUCAACCCUUCCUUCUUUUGCGUCCUCGCCCGCGCCACUGUUCCAUCGGGAGACGAACAAGAUUAACUGGAGGAGCCGGAGGACCCGUGUUGGAACAGGGAUUCGCACGUCGAACGUUCGCAGUGGUACGCGAGGGAGCCAACCCGAUCGCUCUCUGCAGCUUUCGUCUGAACCAUCGGAAUGGAGGGCAAGAAAGUCGAGCAGUAUUACUCGCCGCCGCCAAAACUCGGCAAAUGGGAAGGUUUUAGGAUCUUUGUAUGGAACUCCGAGACUGGACAAUUCCUGGGCCGUACGGGCGCCAGUUGGGGCAAGAUCUUGUUAUUCUACGUUAUUUUCUACGCGGUGCUGGCUGGUUUUUUUGGCGCAAUGCUGACCGUUUUCUAUCAGACGUUGAAGCCGAACGAGCCGAAAUGGCUGCUGAAUGACUCGUUGAUUGGAAGCAAUCCUGGACUUGGUUUCAGGCCUAUGCCACCGUCAUCUAAUGUCGACAGUACCUUGAUCUGGUACAAGGCCAGCGACGAAGGUAACUUCUUGCAUUGGACCAGGGAAUUGGACAAGUUCCUCGAAGAGUACCAAAAGACAGCAGCGAACGCGAAUAACGCCCAGAAUAGGAUGAUUUGCGACUACGGGAAAACACCACCGGAGGGCAAGGUUUGCGACGUAGACAUGGGUACGUGGGGACAAUGCACGAAGGAACACAAAUAUGGAUACAAUAAAUCCGCCCCUUGCAUUUUCCUGAAGCUGAACAAGAUCUUCGGAUGGGUGCCCCAGAUAUACAACGACACGUCGCAAUUGCCCAGCUCCAUGCCGGUCGAUCUUCAAUCACACAUCAAGCAGGAGGAAAUGGCCAAUAGGAUGAACACUAUUUGGGUAUCGUGUGCUGGUGAAAAUCCAGCUGAUAUUGAGAAUAUGGGUCCGAUUCAGUACCUUCCACGUCGUGGCUUCCCUGGCUAUUAUUUCCCCUUCAAAAAUAAUCCAGGAUACCUCAGCCCUCUCGUGGCUGUCUUCUUCGAGAAGCCUAAAUAUGGCGUGAUAAUCAAUAUCGAAUGCAAGGCCUGGGCGAAGAACAUAUUCCACGACAGAGUCGAGAGGCGCGGCUCGGUACACUUCGAGCUAAUGGUGGAUUAAACGCAACACUUGCCACCUUUUGUAAGACCACUACCAACUGCGUCCAAGAAAAAGUAGGAGGAAGGAGAAUAAGACAAAUUUCUUUUUUAAUCAAUCUCGCUGGCGGAUCGUGACCACUCCUUCUUUCCUCCGGUUUUCUCUGCCGACGAUACCGCCCUAGCCGCGCGUUUUAUUAACGUAGAUCCGUCAGAAGCUCACGCUCAUUUCUUCACCAUCCUCAUCUUCGGAGUGAUUCUCUUCAUUGUGAUCUUUAACAUCGUUUUAUUCAUCGUCGCGCUUCUUACUACCAUUAAAGAGGGAAUCGUUCCUCCAAUGAUCGUUGUUCGUGAUUCGUUUCAUUUCUGUCUCACAGUACACACAGACACACAGUUGUAUCUCAUAAAACGACACACGAUGCGUAGGGCCGCCGCGCGAUCACCGUCGUCGCUUCCACGGGCAAUAUAGAAAAAGGUUAUCACAGAACGAAUAGAACGGACCAGUGAAAUUGGCUAUAAUAUAUGUUAAUAUACAAGCUGUAUACACAGGAUGAUACAUGAACUAUUAUGUAUCGGGAUGCACAAAAAAAGAAAAAAAGAAAACACAAGUUCAGCGGAAAAAUUCUGCACAAAACUGAACGGCGGUAUAUCCUUUCUUUCUAUCGGGGGUGAAGGGGAGUGGUCGGUAUUGUCAGGAUCUAAGUAUAUCGUUAAUCGGGGGAACGUAAUUCGUUGGAACGCGUUAAGGAGGUUUCCCUUACUUCUUUGCCUCUUUUGCGACAUUUUUCGCUUCUUUCGUCGUGAUUUUUCUGUUUACGUAAUUGGUCUCGUUGCAAGGCUUUGGGGCGCACGCGUGUACCGUUCUUUUCAUUACUUUUCCUCGAACUCGUCGGUACUCGCCUAGUUGACGAGACCGCUAACGUGUAGGGUACACCGAGGAUAAACUGAUACUCUUAGUUCGUGCCACGUAGACGUAUUAAAGAAAGAGAACAAAAAAAAAAUAAAUAAAUAAAAUAAAACGUAGUGUCUUUACGCCCGUCGGUACGGUGCACCCGGCACGGUGGAACUUUUGAUUUCGAAUUCCACGAAGAAGCUCUCGGACGCGGCUCUCGGGCGAAUCUCGAUCCAAAGUUCCGCCGUUUCGGGGCUGAAUGGUCAGGAAUGUCUGAAGAAUCGAAAUUCACACGCAACGAUAAUGGUGGAUCUAGCAAAAAACGGAGUUUUUCGCUGAGAUGGUCAAAAUUUAUCGAUCUAUUUAUUAUAUGUCCUUAUCUAGAUUCAAAUUUAUUUAUUUACUUCUUUAUUUUUUACCCUUAUCUGGAUCAACGCUUCGAAUAACGAAUGGAUGAUAAGCAGCUAUCGAUGUAUUAUUCGGUCGUUCAAAAUUACCUAUCAGAAUUGUACUGAAGUUUAUCUAGAUUACUGUUCGAGUAACGAAACAGGGAUAAGCAAUUUUUAAUAUGUUAAUUGUUUAGUAAAAAUUACAAUCUGAAUUGUAGGAUUUAAAUUAUAUUUGACGCGGAACGAAGAGAAGCUUAUUCGAAUAAUUGAUCGAAUAAGUGUAAGAAAUAAACUGCGUAAGAAAUUCUGCCCAUCUUUGGUCUGUCGCGCAUAUGUUCGCCACCAAACUCGUUGGAACGAGAGAACGCGUCGUUAAAUGAGGUCGAAGGCUUCGAUUCAACCAUUUAGAGCGUUUCGUGCGGUGGAACUUUUGAUUGAAUGUCCCACAAUCCCUGGAGUGUUUGUAAUAUAUCUCUGUCUUGCCUUGGCGCGUGGAUUGUUGGUAGGAUGCGAUAAAGAAUCAAAAGUAGACUUGAUUCGAUUAACGGAAAACAGAUCUCAGUCGUUUGGUCAAGUUCCAGUUUUGUCGAUACAGAGUUACAUUACUAACACUGCGGUGUAUACAUUGAACAUACUUUAAUGGCGGUAACGUAUAGUAGAGUGGAAAUUAUACUAAUAUGUAUCUUUCGUUAACGGAACCGAAGGAGGCAGACAAAGAUAGAUUUUAAAGGAAAAAGGCAAUGAAAGCGAUGAAUAACUUUUAUCGCCGCUAGUGGAUGGAAAGAAUCGUGUCGAUGAAAGUUUAAUGGAUUAAUAAUCCAACUAGCAGUCGCGACGUGACUGAAACUUUUGCAUGUAUUCGUUUUCUGUUGAAUUACUUUUGAAAUUAAGAAACGAAUCGAUUUGUCCAAUUUUCGUUUGAACGUUAAUCCUGUUACAGAUUAAAGUAACAGUUCCUUCUUGUUACCGCUAUUGAUGUGAGUAAGUGUACACAGACACGCAUACAGACACGAACGUGCGCGUAGGCACUGAAACGCGCGCGCAUACACAUACACAUCGGAUACGCGAGGUUCAAGAAGAGACAAGAGCAGCGGAAAGUACGACGUUGGAUUUCGAUUUGUCGAGAUACAACGCGCAGAUUGCAGGGGAAAAUUUUAAUCAGCCUAGUGAUAACCGUACGACACCGUAUGGAAUAUGUAUUUAUGAUUAUAUUGUACCGCAUGAUAAUAUCUAGCGCUAGUCCAUGCAAUCGUAUAGUCGAUAGGUUGUAUCAUACAGUCUGGAGAUCAGAGGAAUUAUGUUCUAUCUCGGCAUACCUGAUUACCAAACCGCCAAAACGUUCGUUCACAGUUCGCUUACCGAUUCUAUUCGUCGAUUAUUCGCGUUCGAUAGAGCAAAUCUGCUUUUAAGCUAUGUAAGUUUCCCUGUUUCCCUGUCAUUGGAACAGCGUUUGUCAUCGCUUUCAUUGUCGGUUUGAUCGAUUUCGGACGAUUAGUUUUUUCCACUCGCUUUCACGUAUAUCUCCACUACGGCCAACACGCGUUACGUACUUAAUUUAAGCGAAACAUAGAAUGUUUCCGCCUCUGAUCUCCCGCCUUUGUGGCUUGUACUUAGAAACAAAACUGGUUGUCCCGAGAGCUUGUUCGUUUCGUUCGAGAGACAGCGUUUGCGCGGUGGUCGUCGCCCCUUUGCAUCUUGGAUCCUUGGCUCGCGGUUCAUAAGUACACGCUGGAAUUUCCACGGUGACGGGAAAAUGCGAGAGGGAGAGAUACGUGACGAUAUAAGUAUAACGCUAAUCGAAAUAACGAGGAAACGGUGGUUUCCUCUUCGAUCGUUUCCCGAUUACGCUUACACGUUCACUACCAAACUCAUACUGCCAAAUAUGUUCACUAUACCGAAUGUAAUUUGUUACCUGUUACGUGCGUAAAAUGUUUGUUCUCGGAUAUUUUAUUGGGAAUUUUAAAAUAUCGUUGCACUCUCUACGUUGUUUUACCGCGCCAUGUUGUACACGCUGCGAGAUAGAAUACUUAAUAUAUUUAAAUACAGCUAAGCGUUCACUCAUACAUAUAUAUAUAUAUAUAUAUAUAUAUAUAUAUAUAUAUAUAUAUACACACACACACACAUAUACAGAGAUACCGUUUAUCUUUAGUUUUUUUUUUUUUUUUUUUUUGAGAUUGGUGUUCAUUCGAGGUAAUCGAUUCCGAUGGUAUGAACGGUCUCGGUACUCGAAGCAUCCAAAGAAUUUACAUUAAAUUCUCGGGCAAAAGCGUAGCGAAGGAUCAUUUCGCUUCCGGUUAAGUGGACAAAACGAUAGUACAAAGAUUAUUGAUCGAGCGAUCCGAACGGGCGGCGACUUCGACUGUAAGCGCUGCCGAAAGAAUAAUUUGAUUGCUGUUUAUUAAUCGUUGUUACCGAGCGAUUAUUAUUAAUUCUUAUGAUUACCAUUAUUAUUAUUGUUAUUAUUAUUUUCUUGGGUCCUCGCCCGGAGCCAUGUUGAAAUAAGAAACAGAAAAAAAAAAAACUUACCAUAGAUUAAUCGUCAAUGAUACUAUUAACUUUUAAGAAAAAAAAAAAAAAGAAAAAGACGGAAAGAAGGAAGAAAAGAAAGAAACGGAGAGGUUGCGGUGCGCGUCAGAUGAAAAGGAAAGGACGGGUAUCGACACGAUGACGAUGAUGAUGGUGAUAACGAUGGUGAACGAUGAAUUGCGCAUCGAUGGUGCAACCGUACUAUUAGCAAUUAUUACGCGUGUAUAACGCGCCGAUUCGAGAGCGACUAUAUUAUACACGAGUACGUUCAUCAUUGCGUAUGAGUUGUUUCUAAUAAUGAACAUCCGUUGUUAAGGUGCAAGAGUCACGGCUUUGCGAGAGUGUGAGAAAAGAAUAAAACAGCGUCUAGCGAAAGACAGGGAAGGCAAAUUAUACUAGUCACGAAUCGGAUUCAGUCGAGUAAUCAUGCUUAAAGUUUCUUCGAUCGUCGCGUGGACACGUUCGUCUUUCGAAACCGAGCGAUAUUCGAUAGAAUCGGGAUGGAAAGCUGGUAAAAGAAAAAAAAAAGAGAAAAAAAAAAGAAAGAUAAAGAAUAUUUACACGUACUCGUUAUUCAAGCCGGUCGAAGUUACCGUCGAAAGUACAUCCGAUGUAUCUUGCAAAAUCUAUCAUUUACGUUUGAAAUUCUACGUGGAACAUGUUUCCUGUGUGAUAAUUGUUAUCUCAGUUAGCGCGUUAAGUAUGAACGUGAGACGUAUGCGUAUGAGCGUAGAUGACGAUUUCGUUGAAAGCUAAAGAGAUCGCGGAGCUGCAAGCUGUAAAGUAUAUUUAAAGAUAUAUCACGGUAUAUAUAUAUAUAUAUAUAUAUACAUAUGGUAUUAAUUGCGUACGGUAUAGUUAAAGCAGCGACGAUAUAUAAAUACGUAUUGUCGCGUCUAAUUAUAUGUUACGGAUACAUUCUAAGAUAUUGCUACCAAAAAUUGAGGUCUCCGUGUAACCGGUAAUAUUAGCAACAAAGUUUCGACAGAACUCACGAUAAAUACAUGACAUGUGAACGCUAAGAUACACGAGAGAAUUUCAUGGAAAUAUUGUUCUAAUUAAGAUAAUUAAUUAAUCUCCGUAAGUAAGUUUAAGUGGGAUUCGUAUAUUGUAACGCAUAUAUGCAUGCAUACUCGUUAUAUACUGUUCGUUCAACUAUCGAACGAUACACGUAUGUAUAAAAUAUUUAAGGAUCGUUUAGUACGGUAUACAUACAUCGGGAGAACCCGCUCAUUCAGCGCGCGUACAUCGGCGACUAUGAAACAAGAACCGAUCAAAGAUGCGCCAAUAAUAUAUAUACGUAUCGCGAUUGAAGAACAUCCAUUUAAAAACGAAUUAAUAUAUUUGAUGCACGGAACUUGCGGUCACGAAGCGAUAUCAGAUUUUCUAUCUCAUGACACCAUGUCGAUGAUUCUUGGAUUCAUCUUCGUGUCCCGAGUUAACCGAUUGUUCUCCAAAAAAGAGAAAAGAAAAAGAAAAAAAAAAAAGAUAAACAAGAUAAAUAAUGGACACGAUUUUCCGACUCAACGCUUACUUAAAACUAUCAAGGCUCAAGUACAUUUUCCUCGAUGUUACCUAGCUAUGAGAGGAUUUGUCUUCGAUUUGGUUAGAUUUUACAAAUUUAGCAGCGAACGUCACGACCUGGUGUUCCGAGAAAGGAAAGGUAUACACCGAUACUCGUUAGAGAUUAAAAUUCAUAACUGCAUACGGGUUGCGUCUACUUUUCAUACCCUUGUAACUUUCUAUGUAUAGGGAAGAGGUUCAUCAAAGGAAGCUAACCGAACGUGAUAUUAAGACAUAAAAAGAAAUUAUAUAAAAGAAAAAAAAAAAAGUGUGAGUAGCGAAGCAAACGCGCCUUGCAAUCGAGAAGCAAUCGCUCCGAAGCUGCGAGACAAUUGUAGAAAGAAAAAAAAAAACGAAAAAAAAAAAACGUUUAUGUCGCGACACAGGAACUCUUGUCCUGCGUCUAUCGAUGGGAUUUAACCACAGAUUACGAAGACUCGAAAUUGGCGCGGUUCAAGAUCGCCGGGUACUGCCUAACGUUUCGAGAUAUCGCUCUCUUCGGGUCUUCGUGCACCUACGAUUGUUGCUAUCGAGUAAGAUAAAUUACGAUGUACUUAAUUCUAUUACGAUGACAUUAAUUAUUAGAUCUUCAAAGUGUUACCGUUAAUAACAUACGAUCUACGUCAAUAUAUAGCUGUCGAGAGGCCUGUCAAUGUACCAUUACAGCAAGACGAAGCGAGAAACGAUCCAAAGGUCGCUUCGCCUUGUGCAAGCUCACAAUCCACGAUGCUAUCUACAACCACUGGUUUACUAGAUUGCGAUGCACUCGAACGGUAAACGACACUAGCGUUUAGACGUGGAGAAGAAAAGAAAGAGUUCGGCGAUGAGCUCGAGCUUGUCUAACCUUUUCUUUCUUUCUUUCUUUUUUUUUUUUGCUGAUUCCUUGCAUUUGACCGAAUGUAAGAAUUAAUAAUCGCCGAAGGCUUUUCAUUUAUCGUAGCGAUUCGCGCAGAGGAACGAUCGCGCGUUGGUGCUCUUGUCUUAACACGAGCCUCUACCGUAGCUUAAAAUAACGUAACGUGGAAAACGACGACACCUCGGUUGGCCGUCGAUUAGGUGAAAAUUUGCCUCUCGACGAGUUUUUAAUACCGACACAAGCUUUCGAUCCGAUUUCAUCGCGAUACUCGCCUCCGAUUUCGAAGACUCGGACGUAAAUUUUGGCGGCAAGAUGUUUAGGCAUGGACACCUGGUACCGACUCGAAGCAAAAUGGUAUGGCUGUUGACAUCAUUAUGCUUGAAAUGUGUUAUGAAAAAUAAACAGAAUGUACAAAAAAAUA